UCCCCUUCUUUUAGUUUACAAUGGAUUUUGGAUAAACAAGAUCUACUGAAGGAGCGCCAGAAAGACUUGAAAUUUCUGACUGAAGAAGAGUAUUGGAAACUACAGAUAUUUUUUACUAAUGUUAUCCAGGCUUUAGGUGAACAUCUUAAAUUAAGACAACAAGUUAUUGCCACUGCUACAGUCUACUUCAAGAGAUUCUAUGCCAGAUAUUCCCUAAAAAGUAUAGAUCCAGUAUUAAUGGCUCCUACGUGUGUGUUUUUGGCAUCCAAAGUAGAGGAAUUUGGUGUUGUUUCAAAUACAAGGUUGAUUUCUGCUGCUACUUCUGUAUUGAAAACUAGGUUUUCGUAUGCCUUUCCGAAGGAGUUUCCUUAUAGGAUGAACCAUAUACUAGAAUGUGAAUUCUAUCUCUUAGAAUUAAUGGACUGCUGUUUGAUAGUAUAUCAUCCUUAUAGACCUUUGCUCCAAUAUGUGCAAGAUAUGGGCCAAGAAGACAUGCUGCUACCUCUCGCAUGGAGGAUAGUGAAUGACACAUAUAGAACUGAUCUUUGUCUGCUGUACCCUCCUUUCAUGAUAGCUCUAGCUUGCCUACAUGUGGCCUGUGUUGUCCAGCAGAAGGAUGCAAGGCAAUGGUUUGCUGAGCUAUCUGUUGAUAUGGAAAAGAUUUUAGAAAUAAUCAGGGUUAUUCUGAAGCUAUAUGAGCAGUGGAAGAACUUUGAUGAGAGGAAAGAGAUGGCUACUAUCCUUAGUAAAAUGCCUAAACCAAAACCACCUCCAAACAGUGAAGGAGAACAGGGUCCAAAUGGUAGCCAGAACUCUAGUUAUAGCCAAUCUUAAAACAUUCCAAAGAAUUUCUUUAUGGACCACUUUGACUCAAGACAUCCUGGGAUCUUUCCUGUGUUCAUGAAAUGGACAGAAGGUUUUAGCGACAUCUUUGACAAUGAACUUGAAAAAUAAAUAGCUUGUUUGUGUCAAGCGUUUUGAAAGCUUUUUCUCUAAAACUCAAUCAUUUUCUCUGACGCCGGAGCAAACGUACUAAAGUCUUUCAGUGUAAGGAAUCAAAUGUUAAACCAAGCUGCAAAAGAUGAACACUAUCCACUCAAAACGAAUAGCUCAUUAUUGGUUUUGUUUGCUUUGAGAAAAUUGUAACUUGCCAUUGAAGUGAACAGUGUGACAGUAACCUGAAGCCUAAGUGUAACUGUAUUAAUGACUCGUGUUGUCUUCAUUUUGUUUGUGACUGAAGGGAGAUAGCGCAUUGUAUGUUAAAUCUAUUCAUUACCUUGAGUUUGUUGAUUUUUUUAAAGAAUAAAUAUGAAUUCUGUAACAAGUAACACAGCAGUCCUUCAGAAACAAAGCCUAGAAGAGCCUACAAAGAACAUUGUUACAGUUUUAAUGAAAGCUGCAGGAAAGAAAUUCAAUUAGGUUUUGGAUUGGAAAAAUGCUGUUUUACUCAGCAGGUGUAUACUUGGAUGUUUUUGCCAUGAAGCAUAGUAACCCAGCUUACCAGAGAAGUGCAAUAUGUAUAGCAAUUCUGCAGUUUUCUUAAACAUUUCAAGUGUUAGGAAUUAAAACCCCCCAACACACUAUGAUUUUUUUCUAAGUAAGCAUACCUUAUAGCACAGUUGGAAUAUUUCACAAUCAAGUACAAAUCUGGCUGCGAUUGCUGGGUUUUAUGGUGAUUUUUUUUUUUUUUGUACAAAAGAUGUACACUGUUAGUCUGCCUUCACUGUUAAGUGUGAAUUUGUGUGGUUCAUUAGAGAGUUUAUUUAAGAGGAUCAAGCUUUUGGUGAGCUUCGUACUGGCUAAUUUUAAUUGUGAUGCUAGGAGCAACUCUUUAGAAUAACUGAAAUGGGAUUCCUUGGUUAUCUAUGUGCUGGAGAAAAUGAGAUUCCUUCAAAGAGAAGGCCAUAUCCUGUGUUCCUUACUCAGGCAGAUAUCCCACUGAAGUCAGGAAUUGGCCUAAAUCCAAUUUCUUGAUUUUUAGUUAGCUUUGUUUCUAAUUAAGUUCUGUACAACUUGAUUUUGAAAGAGGAUGCUGACUUGCCCAAGCAUAAAAAUUGAAUGAUAAUUGAAUGCAGUAC